CGUGUUUCCGUCCGUGCCGUUCACGCGGUUGCGCUCUGAGGUGCUGGACGGAAAUGGCGAUGUGUGUCAGUUAAUGUUGCUAAUGUCGUUUAAAGAUCCUCUCGACUGGCGCGCUGCUGCUCGGACCCUGCGGGCAUUUCUGUGAAGGCCACGGCACGAUGCGUGAGCGGCUCGUGGAGUAACUCGGUGCUCUGGUGAAGUGUGUGUGGAGCAGCUGCAUCCUCUGAUCUCUCUGAAGCGCUCAUAGAUUGAGGUAACUAUGGCCUCCAGCCUGAAGCAGACCGGCGGAGAGACCUACAUGCUUUCUGGCUCUAACGGACUGAAUGGAACAAAGUCGUCGGGAGUCCCAGCUGCCGAGCGUAAGCACGGGAGCCGGCUGUCCCACGUGGCCCGGAUGGCUCUGGACGUGCAGGGCAAAUGCGCGGCGUACGUGUUGGCCUUGAGGCCGUGGAGUUUCAGCGCCUCCCUCACCCCCGUGGCUCUGGGCAGCGCUCUGGCCUACAAGCUGGAAGGCUCGGUGGACCUGCUCAUUCUCCUGGUGUGCGCCGUGGCGGUUUUGGUGGUCCACGGAGCGGGAAACUUGGUGAACACCUACUAUGAUUUCUCGAAGGGAAUCGAUCAUAAGAAGAGCGACGACAGGACUUUGGUGGAUCAGAUCCUGAAGCCACAGGACGUGGUGAUGUUUGGAGCUGCGCUGUACUCGGCGGGAUGUCUCUGUGCCACUCUGCUGUUCUUCCUGUCCACACUAAAACUAGAGCAUCUAGCUCUCAUUUACUUUGGAGGACUGUCAAGCUCUUUUUUAUACACUGGAGGCAUCGGACUGAAGUACGUGGCUCUGGGAGACGUGGUCAUCCUCAUCACCUUCGGUCCUCUGGCCGUCAUGUUCGCUCACGCGGUGCAGGUGGGUUACCUGUCGGUGCUGCCGCUGGUCUACGCCGUGCCGCUGGCGCUCAACACCGAGGCCAUCCUGCACAGCAACAACACCCGAGACAUGGACUCGGACAAGCAGGCGGGAAUCGUCACCCUGGCCAUCCUGGUGGGGCCCACGCUCUCCUACGUCAUCUACAACCUCCUGCUGUUCGUACCCUACCUGCUCUUCUGUAUCUUAGCCACGCGCUACACCAUUAGCAUGGCUCUUCCGCUGCUGACGCUGCCCAUGGCCUUUCCUCUGGAGAGGCAGUUUCGCCGGCAGUGUUACGCCAAGAUCCCUCAAAAGACUGCCAAGCUCAAUCUGCUCAUGGGACUCUUCUAUGUUUUUGGGAUUAUUUUGGCACCGCAGGGUAGUCUGCCGUUAUUGUGAAAGAACUUUUUGUUUUUUCUUUUAAAACUUUUUGUUUGUUUUAAACAACUCUAGAUACUUUUGUAUUUAUAGCGGCGAUGCUAAUGGCGAGUUCAGAGACUUUAAUUUAUUGUUGUUAAUUUAUGUUUUGGGAGCGGGUGAGUGCCCUCGGUACAUAGGCUGUCCAGGACAUCAGUAUUGUCAAAACAGACCAGUCUGGAGACGAAGAAGCCGAUUAUAUACAGUAUAUAUACAUAUAUAAAAUUUACGGUUUACUAGUGAACUAAAGAAUUUCAGACCUUUCUUGUUAUUUCAUGUUUUUGUAAACAUGAGUAUAGAUCAUUUUUUAAUGAUGUUUUUGAUUGUACGUUUUAUAAAUCCAGAAAAUCAUCUUCCAUGUCUGCUCUGUUUUGCCUAAAAGAAACGGCGUCCCAGCGUGGUGUUCAGUUGGGGAGUAUUUUCAUGAGGGAAGCUUAGCGUUAAAUCUUUCUUUAGUUAUACUGCCAUUGACUUUGAUGGGUUUUGCCAAAUCAAUCACCUUCAAGUCCUGAAUCUACAAGAACGGAGUAGUUGAAUAGUAAAGCUUCUCAGCUGGAUCUUAUGUGUAGACGGCGUCACAGGACAUAUUUCAAUGCCACAUUUUUUUCCUUUCCAAAUAAAAGCUAUUCUAAACUAA